CUGGAGAUGUUAGUGAUACGUUGAACGUAAAACAUGAGACGCGAUGUGCGUUCGACAUUUUCGAGAAAAUAUGUGGAUUAUCGUAAAAUGUGAUAAUCCGCGAUUGCGAGGACAUGUUAAAAUAAAUAUACAGAUGUGUGAGAAAUAGGAUAAUAAUGAAUAUGGACAUUGAAAUGGUUUAAUUCAAACUUUUAAUCAGUUUUAUUUACGCAGUUGAUGAACCAACGCCAUUUUGUGACCACUUACUAAGAAGUAAACAUCAAACUUUCUAAUUGUGUUUAUAAGUAGCGUGAGGCAGUGGUUUUGGAAUAAGACCGAAUAAACAUUGGACAUUUAAUUUAUUAACAUUUUUUUCAUAAGGACCUAUUAUUUAAAUUAAUACGCUACACUCAAUUGAUGCACUAUUUUUCGCGCCAAUUCGAUGCACCUGGUACAUCUGUUCAUCCAAGAAACAGCUGUCCAGCCACUGUUAAUGCAGAAUUCUUAUCAUUUAUUUGUCAAUUGUUGACUAUAAAUUUCGUAAGAACUAUGCAAGGUUUUGACAGUAAACGACUCCGCCUGUGAGUCUUAUCACAAGGAAUGAUAUUCUCUUUGACACCUGUGGAUGUCAGAUAAACAGAAAAAUGUCCGGUGACUCAGGAUGGAACGCAGUAAUCCAUCAUCCAUCGGAGCUCGAGCUUCAAAACUGGAACUGGGACGAAAACGAUGGAGAGCCCGAGAGAGAGUUACCUUCCACCGUGGAUAUGGAUGCCAUAAAAGAUGGUGGAAAUUGGAAUCCAGCAACUGGUACCAACGAAACUGAUUCCAUUGAUUCUGAAGAAGAUUCUGAUUCAGAUGACGAGAGUUCUGGUGGAUCAGAUGGUAGUUGUUCUUAUUCAGACUCUGAUUCUGACGACGAGAGCAGUGGUGAUGAAGAGUGUGAUGAUUCUGAUUCCAAUUCCGAUUGUUCAUCUGAUCAUAGUGAGCAAACAUUUGCUAUUCGAGAAACUAAUUUUGAGCAGGGUGCGUUGAAGUUAAAAAUAAGCAUGAAAGCACAAAAAAAAGAAGAAAUAGAUAAAAUUAAAUGUGAUAAACCGAAAAAAAUAGUCCCACGAAAAUCAAAAGUAGCAUAUAAUGCGAAAACAUCUGAAUGUACGUCAGAUGACUCAGACUCGUCGGCAGGUCCGACGCCGAUGAAUCAACAAAUUCCAGUGUCAUCUCAAUCACAACAGCCACAAGCACCGUUGCAAGAAAUUAAUCAAGAUCAUUUAACAGCUAUACUUCCAGAGCAAGAAGAUCCACCUUUCGAUGGCUUUGAAGAUUCCGAAAGUGGUCGUUUAGUGUCAAAAGCUAUUGAAAGAAUGUCUUUAAGUGCUGAUUCGGACUCAAGUGAAAACACUGAUCAAAAUCCAGUGCCUGUUUACAGUUCAACACUUCUCCAGCAAUUUGUUGAGAAAACAGCGUUGUUAUCAGAGCCACGUAAAAGACGUAGUAAAGCAGUCAAAAAAGCAGAGUCGGAGUAUUCAUGUAUAUCGAAUGUUUCUCCCGAUUCUGGUAUUCAGUCUGUUGAUAAUAGUCCUUUGCAUCUGACAACGACUCCUGCUAGUCCACCAGUAACUUCUCAAUCACCAGUACAAACUGCUUUGUCUAAACCAGCUGUGAAUGUAGACAGAGUUUUAUAUCCACCAAAAAGAAAACCCGGAAGGCCUGCAAAAAUGGCAUCAACUCAACCACGAGGUCCUGGAAGGCCAAGAUUAAAGCCUGAAGUAGUGGAAACAAUUGUCAAGAUUGAAAGAAACUCUAGAAGUCCUGUAGUCAAUAAAGAAGUCGCUAAAAAAGAUGUUAGUUCUACAAAUAAACGUGGCAAGCCAUCAACAAAAAAUACGAAACUAGCUACUCCAGCAAGUAAAGAAGAGCCUACGCGGAAUCAAAGGUUAAAAAACAAAAAAUCCAAUGCCGAGUCGUUACAAACCUCAAGUAAAACUUGCUCUACUGAUAAAAAUUCUCCAACUGAAGAAAAGUGCCUGAAUAAAUCUAAUGUAAAGAAAGUAUCUAAGGAGAUUAAAACGUGUGAGCAAGCUUGUAAGAGAGUACGGCAAGAUAAAUCUGUAGAAUCAAAUAAAAGUACGUCACCGUUGAGACAAAAAUCAAGUAAUGACCAAGGUUCAAGCGAGGAUAAAAUGAUUAGUAGUAGUAGAAAAAGCUCGAAAGAAAAUCGAAUUGAAACUUCUCCAACAAAUAAAAAACAAAAUACAACUAAAAAAGCAAUACUUCCGACACCGAGGCGCGUUUUGAAGGAAAACAAAAGUACCAAAAAGCCAUCUGAAACGAAUGUCGUUGGUGUUCAAACAGUCAUAUCAGUUCCAGUUGAUUUAAAGCCUGAAAAUAUUGAAAUAAAUAAUGAAAAAUGUGAUCCAGUGGCUCCGCCAUUAUCCAAUCAAAAUCAAAAACAUCAUCAUCAUCAUCACCAUCAUCAUCAUAAACACAGGCGGCGAGUCGUAACACCACCUAAAAAACCCAUACGUGUUGAUCCAACAGUAGUUGAAGAGCUCGAAAAACUUACUGAAGAGUUUAGUAAGCUAUGUAGUCUUGGUAAAAGUAAUAACAAUUCAACUUCCGAUUUACCGCAGAUUUUUAGGGUAAAGAAAAUUACGAAGAAGAGAAAAGGUGCAGAUGCAAAUACAAAUGAUGACCAAAAAUUAAAGAGAAGAGUUAAAAAGGAUAAAGUAACUUCUAAUGGAGAUUUAAAAAGUAAUCAAAGUUCUAAUACUCCUUCAAAUCCUAAUGAACAAAGGCUUCCACUUAAAAAGCGUCAUUAUCACUUAUCAAGUCCACAUAGUUCACAAAGUUCCAAUGCUAGUUCUACUGACACAAAUCCAAAUGAGUCAAACUCAAUGGAGAGCCAUAUCGAAGAGGCAAUUGAAGCAACAAUUGAAAGGUAUAGCGGAAGUCCAGGAAGUUCACAAAAGGACAACGAUUCUGUGGCUUUAAAGAAGAGGUUAAGAGAUGCUGAAGCUAGUGUAGAUUCAGAAGGAAGUGAGAGCUCUGAGGGUGAAGAGAAAACUUUAAAUCGAUCGGAACCGCCUCGUAGAAAGAAAAAAAUUGUAAGAGAUCUUCGUGUGACAGUAACAAAGUUAGUUACGCCAGAGAAUCAAUCUACAAGUAGUGUUGAUAAAGUGGAUAGAACAACAAACGAAAAAAGUUUGAAAAGCCAUACAGAUAAAAAUACGAAGACUGAGAAAAUAUUAUCUGAUAAACAGUUAAAGACAGACAAGAAUGAGCAACCGGAAAAGGAGCAUAAAAAAUCAACAGUUGAUAAAAAUGAGAAAAAUAAUACAGCUAUAAAAGAUGGAGAAAAUAAAAAUGUUAUUCCAGAACGAAAAGAGACUGUUGCGAACGUUCCAAAUCCUAUUAAUCCAAUGGCAGCGUUGAUUUUGACAAAGAAAAAAAUACGAAGAAGAAAAGCAAUUAAUCGAACUGGUUUUCCAACACUAAAGAAAAAGAAAAAGAAGAAAUUAAAUACAGCACCUGAGUCUAAUGAUAAUGAGCCAGAAAAAUUAACCCGAGUACCACGUGUGGAAAUUUCUACUACAGAAUUAGAUAUAUCUAAAGUAGAUGAAAAAUCUGUACUCUCUGAGAGUGAUGUAAACACGGUUCUACCGAUUUUAGAUGAAAAAAGUAGAGAUAGCGAUGAUGAAAAAACAGAUCCUCAUGAAUUUAAAGAUUUUCAUGAAUUAUCUUGUAAUAGUUUCUCAGAUGAUUUCGUAGACUCUUGCUCUGGAUCAUUGAGAGUUCGGAAGGAUUUAGUUGAAUGCGAUGGUACUAAGCCUUGUGACAAACUUUGUCCAGUAAAGUUUGAAAAAAUUCAAGACUCAAGAAUGUAUGAUGAAAAUGCAACUCUUGAAGAAUCCCUAGAGCGUUACAAUCAGAGUCAGCGAAUAGCUGAGUUGAGUGAAGAAAAUGUAAAGAAACUUGAACGUACUAACUCCCAGUCUAGUAUAAAAAUGGAUCUGGGCUGUCUCAAUAAUAACCAUAAAAGAAGAAGAGGCUCUACUAGUCCAUGUAAUUUAACUUUAAAAAGCAUCAAGAGGCUAAAAAAUGCUGGCUAUGACACAGAAAGUGAUGCAGUACCUAGCAGUGAUGUUGCCAGUGAUGAACCUGAAAUAGGAAAACAACAAGGAUCUUCUCAUUCUCGAAAAAAACAACCAAGAUGGAAGAAACGUUAUCUUCAAGCUGGAUUAUUUUCUGAUUACUAUAAAGAAGAUGAACCCAGAAAAGUAUCUACCAACGAUGGUGUUGGAAAAAAUAAACUUACUUAUGAUCCUGCUGAGCAUCCCCAUGGCUUAUUACCACCUCCAUAUCAUUGCGGAAAAUUUUUACGACAAAGAAAAAUCCCGUUCCAAUUACCCUACGACCUUUGGUGGUUACACACGCACUCCAGAUUACCUGGAAGAGAUUUAGUACCAUCUUGGAAUUAUAGAAAAAUUCGUUCUAACGUUUAUUAUGAUGUCAAACCAACGACACUUUAUGAAGCACAGGCUUGUGAAUGUAAACCAGAGAGUGGAUGUGGCGAUGAUUGUAUUAAUAGGAUGGUAUUUAGUGAAUGUUCACCUCAAAUGUGUCCUUGUGGUGAGAAAUGUGAAAACCAAAAAAUCCAAAAACACGAAUGGAUUCCAAAUCUGCAGAGAUUCAUGACAGAGAAUAAAGGCUGGGGAGUAAGAACCAAAGGCUCGAUAAAAAUGGGCUCGUUUAUUUUAGAAUAUGUUGGAGAAGUUGUCUCAGAAAGAGAAUUUAAGUCGAGAAUGGCUACAAGAUAUGCUAACGAUACACAUCAUUACUGUCUUCAUUUAGACGGAGGUUUGGUUAUUGAUGGCCAUCGAAUGGGAGGUGAUGGGCGAUUUGUUAAUCAUUCAUGCGAGCCUAAUUGUGAAAUGCAGAAAUGGAGUGUCCACGGAUUACCAAGAAUGGCUCUCUUUGCAUCCAGAGACAUAAAAGCCGGUGAAGAGCUGACUUAUGAUUACAACUUUGCUUUAUUUAAUCCAUCAGAAGGUCAAGUAUGCAGAUGUGGUAGUAGUGCUUGCAGAGGAGUUAUUGGAGGUAAAAGUCAAAGAGUAGCCAGACCACCUGCACCAAUACCAUCUCAAUUAGAAAAUCAAGAACGUAGAUCAGUUGGUAGACCUCGAAAAAAUGUCCGCAAAUCAAACAUGCUUCAAUCAGUUGCCAAAGGUUUAUGUAAAACACGUAAAGUGGGAGAUUCCAACUUGAUGAGUACUCCAUUAAUAAAACCAAUGUCACAACAACAACGAUACUUUGCCCAACAGCAUCAUUGUUUCUUAUUAAGAAAUCUAGAAAAGGUAAAAAGAAUGAAAACUCCAAUAAAUCAAGUACAAAAUCAAAUUGGAAAGAAUAAAGAGAAAGUGGCUCCUGCAACGAAAGAAAAGCCUUGUAAUGACUCCAAAACUCAAUCUGAUGCUUUUCUUUCACAAUUGACAGCUUUAACUAAUAAUGCUUCGAGGACUGUAAGAACUAGAAGGUUGGCACAAGCUCAAGAUGAUCCAGAAGUAAAUAAAACAGCUAAAUUGGCCAAAGUUUUGAAGGAUUUAUACAAUGUAGUUGCCACUGCUAAUGAUGAAAAUGGAGAAUUACUUUGUAUACCAUUUAUAACUUUGCCAGCAAAAAGAAAACUUCCAGAAUAUUACGAAAAAGUACAAGAUCCAAUUGAUUUGACAAUUAUGGAUCAAGCAAUUGGAACUGGUCAUUACAAGACUGCAGAACAGUUCGACCAAGAUAUGAUAAAAUUGUUUGACAAUAAUGUAAAAUUUUUCGGUAGAACUUCAGAGAUAGGAAUAGCUGCGGCUAGAUUGAGAAAACUUUAUUUAGGUAGUAAAGUCAAUUUCAUUGAAGCUAUCACAGAAGCAACGGGCGCACCACCUGCUCAACGCUUCCUCCCGCCGCAGGGAUCAACAGCUGGCGAGGAAGACGUUAUCAGAUGCAUAUGUGGACUUCAUAGAGAUGAGGGUUUAAUGAUUCAAUGUGAGCGAUGUUUGGUUUGGCAACACUGCGACUGCGUUAAAGCUGAUACAAGUAUCGAAUCUUACUUGUGUGAGAGGUGUCAACCACGACCUGUUGAUCUCGAGAUUCCUCUUGAAGGCGAAGAAGAAGAGAAGGGUAAGAAACACUAUGUGACACUAAUGCGUGGAGAUUUACAAUUAAGACAAGGCGAUACAGUUUAUGUUCUUCGAGAUACUCCAGAAAAGCACACUUAUAAAACUAUCCAGAAGUUUGAUUAUGAACAGAUGGAUAUCUUCAGAAUUGAAAGACUCUGGAAAAACCCUGAGGGUGAACGAUUUGUCUUUGGUCACCAUUAUUUAAGACCACAUGAAACUUACCAUGAACCUACCAGAAAAUUCUACGAAAACGAAGUUGUCUGUGCUCCUCUUUAUGAAGCUGUUCCUUGCGAUUUAGUUGCUGAGAGAUGUUGGGUGCUUGAUCCACAUACGUACUGUAAAGGUAGACCAGUUGGUGCUACUGCUGAACAUACUUAUGUUUGUGAAUAUCGAGUAGAUCGAGCCGCCAGGCUUUUUACUAAAGUUGCCCGAUCACGUCAUCAAGUCUGUACUAAGCCUUAUGCUUUCGAAACAUUUCCUCAACGUAUCAAACAUUAUCGUACUUAUUUGCCUCAUAGUCUAGAAAGUAUUCAAGCAAUCAAAGCAAUGCGAGAAAAGAAAAAGAACUCUUCAAAUGCAGACAGUGAUCAUAAUCAUAAAACGGAGAGCGAUUCAACUAAGGUUAAUGGAAAAGAUCAAUCAAAGACUCUUGGGAAAAAUAGACAUAAACCUUGUGAUAACCAUUCCUCUAUUACUCCUAUAGUGUCACCAGCACAGAGAGAAGAGCAACGUAAGAGAUUGAAUCGCAUACUGAAAAACCUACUGCAACGAAUGCCGAAUAAAAAAGAUCCUCUUGAUCUUUCAUUCUUAUUAGAACGAAAUCGAAGAAAUCGUAAACGACCCAGUGGCUGUAAACAGUGACAACGGAUUACAAGUACGCGAAAAAAUGCGCAACAUGUAUCGAUGUAAGUAAAAAUAUAUGAGAAUACCGGGAUUUAUUGGUAAAUUAAUGGUUGAUUAGAUUUAUUGAUAAAACCCCAUUUUCAAAUCAUCAUUGGCAUUAAUAUAUAUAUAAAUAUAUUCUACUACUACUAUAGAUUACUUUUAGACAAACAAAUAUUGUAUACUCUUUUUCCACAAAGCUAUCCCGUCCAUUCAGCUUAUUAUGGCUUCCUGUCAUUUUGUAGUUGAUAUUACAUGUUGGGGCGUUAUCAAUUUGUUUAAACACAUUUUUAAUAUAUUUUAAAUAUAUUUUAAAUAAUAUAUUACUAAACGAUCAAAAUUCAAUAUACUUGAAUUUAAGUACCUUGGCUCUAUUCGUAUCUAUUUAGAUUAAUAAUGAGUGAAAAUGAUAAAUUAUUGCCCCCCAGGGUGUUUCUUGUACUUUUUUGAAUGAAUUAUAAAUUAUAAUAAUAUAUAAAUUAGUAGUUUAGGCAUGGUAGGCUUGAUCAAUAAAUGAAUCGAUAAUAAUAAAAUGUUUAAAAGAUCAUGACAGGGUACGUUUCCCUGAUCAACUGGAUACAUUUCAAAAUUUGUACAGAGUUAAUUGUAAAUUAUUUGAAUUCUUAGAAACGUUGUUAAGUCCGAAUAGUUGAUUGUACAAAUUAUAAAAUUACGUGCGUAUGUAAACGCACUUGGAGCUUUGUUGCACAAAAGGAAAUAUAUUUUUCAUAACCCCGGUGUUAUCAAAAGUAAUUGUAAAGUAGAAUGUAAUCAGCAGAUGAAAUUUUACAAAUGUAUUUAAAUUAUUAUUAUGAUUAUUAUUAUUAUUAUAAUUAUGUUUUAUUAUAUUAUUAAUUCAUCAUAUUAUUAUGAUUGGCCUUUAUUCAGCAUUUGAUUGCUGACAAUCUUCAAUGAAUCAUUGUAAAUAUUUUUAUCAUCGAAUAUUUAUUAUUAAUAUUAUAUUCUUACAUUUACACGUUGUGAAAAAGUGAUAUUUUCAACACAUAACUCACCGAAUGAAUUGCACUUGCCUGUAUGUCAGAUCAGUACUAUUCUCUCAUUAUUAUCAUUAAUAUGAUCAUUACUAUUAUUGACGAUUGUUUUAAUUAACUUUUAACGAUGAAAAAAAAAUACAUUAUCACUACAGAAUGUAUCAAAAAUCUAUUACAGAUAUAACAUGAACAAAACAUUUAUUAAUCAAUUGUUUUAUCUUAUAAAUCAUGUCUAUAUGCGAUUAAUUUAUUGGUAAAAAUUUUUUAAUUAAAUUAAUGAAAUUUAAUAUAAAAAGGGUUUAAUGGAUUAAUAAAAUUUUAUUAUUCAAUUUAUAUUUCUGUUUUAUACAAUUUCAAGUUCCAUGUUAGAGCUUAUUCGUACCUCAUUUAUCCAUAUGGGACAAUUGUUUAUUUUAAGGCUUUUUAAGUAUUAAAAUAGUUUUUUAAUAAUUAAUUGAAAUAUCCUAAGUGAUACUAAUCAGU